AUGAAGAAGCAGAAAUACAAUGCAGUAAUUGAUUACAGGCCGCGGAAACCAGGUGCACCACCGUUGGUGCUUGGCAAUAAUGUGGCACGCGACGAGCCUGGCCCUGGUCAAGCUGAGGCCAGAAAUGUGCAGAAAGCUGAAUAUUAUUUUGUUAAAGCCAUUGUUACUCCCAAGAAUUUUGCCGAGAUUUUGGAAAAUCUUCAAUUAUUUAAAAAAAACCUUUAUUAA